UCCUCGUUAGCCCUGCCUGCGUGUGUGGUGGUAGUGGUCACCACUUUGCACAGCACUCACGUCUCACGCAGUGAGUUGAGGAAACACGAUGUCAACGCUUGGAAAGACAAGUAACAGUUAGGGAAAAAAAGAGAGGAUUAAAACGGCAAAUCUUGGGGUUUACAUCGACCUCUCCGCGUCCACUAAAGGCUCAAGAUGAUGCGCUUCCUGCUGCUUUUCAGCCGACAGGGGAAGCUGCGGCUGCAGAAGUGGUUCACGCCGAUAUCUGAGCGGGAGAAGAAGAAGGUGAUCCGUGACAUGACCAUGAUGGUACUGGCCCGUCCACCGCGCUCCUGCAACUUCCUCCACUGGAGGGACCUCAAGAUCGUCUAUAAGAGGUAUGCCAGUCUGUAUUUUUGCACGGGUCUGGAGGAGCAGGAUAAUGAGCUGCUGAUGCUCGAAGUGCUGCACAGAUAUGUGGAGCUGCUGGACAAGUACUUUGGCAAUGUUUGUGAACUGGAUAUCAUAUUUAACUUCGAGAAGGCUUAUUUCAUCUUGGAUGAAUUCCUGAUGGGAGGAGAGGUUCAGGAAACCUCCAAAGUCACUGUAGGUGUGUUGUUGGAAGAAGCAGAUACACUCCAAGAGACCAUGGAGGAGUACAUGAGCAAACCUGCCUACUGAGAGGAGCUUGAAGACGUGGCUAUUCAGAGGAGAUGCUUCCCGAAACGAGUUUCACAUCAUCUCAAGAUGUGGUGUCCUUUAAGACUAGUCUGCUUUAUGCUCAGUGUUGCUGUCCAAUGGCUCAUGAAUGCAUAUAUACACUUUUCAAUGAUACAAUUAAGGGAAAAUCAGAUUUGCAUGUAUAUAUGAUUUGUGUUUUAAACAUUUCAGUGAUUGUUUGAACAUUUGCAUACAUAAGUGCCUUAUAUUUAUUAUUCUCAGGAAACGAAUUGCAGAUAUGGAUGGGGCUAAUUCAGCAACAACAUUGGUUUUUCCCCCUUUUAUAUGAAUAAAUACUUUUUCUCAUUUGAUUUGGCCAUGAAGUAUUGCUCAGAGGCUAUUCUGCAUAUUCAUCAUUGUUUGAUAUGCCUAUGCAGAGCUUUUAAUGCUUGAGCAGAUUGUUCAGUGCAGGAAGAUGGAUGAAAACUGGAUUGCAGUACAUAAUAGCGUAAACAAUAUGUAACAUUUUGUCUAGGACACUGACUGACACUUAUUUUUCAGAGGAGGAAACAGCCUAAAAGCCAUUUCCCAGUGUAUGACCUUUGGGUUAUUUACUGUAAUGUCAUGGAUUACUGUAAAUAACCGCUUUCAGGGACCAUUAAAUGAGGAAACACUACAAAAUAAGGAAAAAUAAAGUCAAUGCUUUAUUUACCCCAAUAACAUUACAGAGGACAACAAUUAAGAAAGAAAUGAACGGAAUAAACACAAAUGCAUCCGAGGGAUCCAACACUGGUUUGGUGU